AGAAGACCUGGCGGAGCCCGGCGCGGAUGGAGGCCUGAGGGCGGCGGGGGCGGAGCGCGCCGCGAGCUGGGGGCAUGUCCGCGGCGGGCGCCGUCUAGAGGAAGGCCGAACAGCCGCCACGACGCUUUCAGUCGCGGCGAGACGCAAGCGAGCCAGGCCGAGGGCCGCGGCGGCGAUGCAGCGACGGCGGCGCGCUCCGCCGCCCGCCUCUCAGCUUGCCGGGGGCUGCGGGGGAGGCGGCGGCGGCGGCGGCGGCGGCGGCGGCCGUGGUGGGAGCGAGGACGUGGAAGUGCAGUUCUCCGCCGGGCGUUUGGGCUCCGCCGCGGCGGUUUCGGCGGCGGCGGCGGCUGCGCGCAGCACGGAGGAGGAGGAGGAGAGGCUCGAGCGCGAGCACUUCUGGAAGAUCAUUAAUGCCUUCCGCUACUACGGCACCAGUAUGCAUGAGCGAGUGAACCGAACAGAAAGGCAAUUUCGAUCACUUCCAGCUAAUCAGCAGAAACUGCUUCCUCAGUUUCUUCUUCACUUGGACAAGAUCCGGAAAUGCAUUGAUCAUAAUCAAGAAAUACUGCUGACCAUUGUGAAUGAUUGCAUACACAUGUUUGAAAAUAAAGAGUAUGGAGAAGAUGGGAAUGGAAAGAUUAUGCCAGCAUCUACAUUUGACAUGGAUAAGUUAAAAUCCACACUGAAACAGUUUGUAAGAGACUGGAGUGAAACUGGGAAAGCAGAACGGGAUGCCUGUUACCAGCCAAUCAUUAAAGAAAUUUUAAAAAAUUUUCCAAAAGAGAGAUGGGAUCCUUCUAAAGUAAAUAUUCUGGUUCCUGGUGCUGGACUAGGAAGACUGGCCUGGGAAAUAGCUAUGCUAGGUUAUGCUUGUCAAGGAAAUGAAUGGAGUUUUUUUAUGCUCUUUUCUUCCAACUUUGUACUCAACAGAUGUUCUGAAAUUAAUAAAUAUAAACUCUAUCCCUGGAUCCAUCAGUUUAGCAAUAACCGGAGAUCAGCUGAUCAGAUUCGACCCAUCUUUUUCCCUGAUGUUGACCCCCACAGUCUUCCUCCUGGUUCUAACUUUUCUAUGACAGCAGGAGAUUUUCAGGAGAUUUAUUCAGAAUGCAAUACCUGGGACUGUAUUGCUACCUGUUUCUUCAUAGACACAGCUCACAAUGUAAUUGAUUAUAUUGAUACAAUAUGGAAAAUUCUCAAGCCAGGUGGAAUUUGGAUAAAUCUAGGUCCUCUCCUGUACCACUUUGAAAAUUUGGCAAAUGAACUUUCCAUAGAAUUGAGCUAUGAGGAUAUAAAAAAUGUCGUUCUUCAGUACGGAUUCCAGGUAGAGGUGGAAAAAGAAUCUGUCUUGUCAACAUAUACUGUGAAUGAUCUCUCCAUGAUGAAAUACUACUAUGAAUGUGUCUUGUUUGUGGUCCGUAAACCACACUGAUGGUCUCAAGUGAUAUCACCCAGAAAAAAAUUUAAGAGCAAAUGCUGAAAUAAAUAACUUAAAAUCAACUAUCAAUGAUGACAGUACACAACCUCAAAUCAGUGGUGCCUUCUUAUUCCUAACAAAAUUUAGAAAUAGUGUCUAUUUUCUUAAUAUGUUUAUUGCUUUUUCAGAAAUAUACUAUGCCACGCAGAUUUGUACUACACAAGUAAAAAUGGAGGAAAUGUCUUCAAGUACACUUUUUCCUUGAAGCCCAGAAUUGUCUUUCAGUAGAAAAAUACCUAAUCUCCAGUGUCUUCAUGAAGCUGUCCAUUGCAAGUCUGCUGUAUUAAUGACUAAUAGUAUUGAAGUCCAUAAUAAUCUUUUUUAAAAAUUUUAUUUUGUAUGUAUGCAUUGCACCUGUUAUUUUUAGAAGAGUCUAAGGAUCCUCUGUCAUAUUCAAUAUCUGGAAUUGGGACUUUUGUUCACUUUGGACAUAAGCAAUCUUUACAUAAAAUGUCUUUUUUCAUUCAUAUUAUUUUAUUUUUUCUAGCUCAGCUGAACUUAGAGAAGCAUCAAACAUUUCAUUUUUAUGAAAUGCUAAAUUUAAUAGUAUCACAGGCCAGUAAAAUGCAUUCAAGUAACUAAGAAAUUAAUAAGUCUUGGCCACACUAAACUGAACACUUUAUGAAAGCAUGCUCAUCGUGGAUCAUUUUGAAAUGUGUGAGAUCUCAGCAUUCUAAGUGAGGCACAAAAGCCUUUAUUUAAGAUAGUGCUAGGAAACAGGGAAAAUAGAAUAAAUUUACCCAUUUGAAAUGUAUGAUUUCAGACUAAAAAUGAAUACAGAUUGUCUGUGUGAUGUUUACAAUAAUGUCUUUUCCUUAGAUUACCUGGGUUAGGAAAGCAAGCACUUUUUUUCAUUAGAACAAUUAUAUACUAGUAAAAACUAUCAUAUGGUAUUAAUGUGGGAAACUUUGAAUAUGAAAUUCAGGGAUAAAUUACUGCCCACGGUCUGUAUCUUUAAUAUUGUAAGCAGCCUCCAUUAAUGUAAUUUCGGAUUAACACCAAUUUUAUUCCCUCAUAGAUGGAGCUUAAACAGUAUAUGCUGCUCUAAAUUUCUACCUCUAGCAGAUCUUUAUUGGAGGGAGUUUUCCUUUGUAUUUUUUUUUUUUAUAUAUAUUAUUUUGUUUCCAGUAGCUUGGAAAGUAGAGAUGAUUAAUGUUUUAACCUUUCCUUGGAGAAAAGGAAGAACGCUUGUUGAAUAUUUUCACAGAUGAUUGUGAUUGCUUUAAAUGACUUCUGAGGCAAUUUGGAUUAGAUGGACUUAAUAAUGUGCUGGUAGCAUAAAUGCUAUGUUUUAAUAGGAAAACUCAUAAAUCUAUAUCUUUGUUGCCCCUUAGGUUGGGGGAGUCAUUGUCUGAUUUAGCAUCUUACUAGUAAGGGGGAGGGACCAUUUCUGCUUGCAGUGAGGGAGCUUUUAUGACUUUUACUCCCAUUACACAGUAGAGGGUUCCAUUGAGUUGACUCCUCAAAUUAGGGAAGUCUGUAACCUGUUGAUUUUUUUUUUUUUAAACCGUUCUUUUGUUUGUCCCUCAAUACUUGGCAGAUGUUCAUUUGGGAAGAAUUCUUAUUACCUAAAUGAAUGAACUUGAAAUUAAUUGCAAGGGGAAAAAAAAUAAAAAAUUAUUUUUUUAAAGAAGAAAAACUUAAGAGGAGUGUAUUUUUAAAAAUCCAUUGAACAGAAAGGAAUGCAUGCUGAUUUUGAGUAAUUUAAAAGUUUCUUUUCACUGACUAGUAUUCACAUUUUUACAACUUGUAUCAAAACAAAUAAUUUUUGGUUUUCUCAGAGUGGCAAAAACUGAAUGACACUGGUAGAUUGGCCUUAUUACUUAAAC